UUACAAAUGGGCUCAGCAAUAAUAUCCAAAUCUGUUACAAAAUCACGAAUAAAAGAAAAUAUUGAAAUCUUUGAUUUUAAUCUAACAUUAAGUGAAACGUCGAAAAUUCAAGCACUAGAAACGGGAAAUCGGUUAAUAACAUACGAAAGUGCUAGAAAUGAUAAAUUUUAUCCCUUCAACAUACCAUACUAAGUUACUCUUUUUUACAAUUGCAUGAUCGAUAUCGUUAUUUUUACUUUAUACAUCGAGAAUUAUACUAUUUUAUUAUUGAAUAAAAUUAUAAAUCCUUUUUAUAUACGUUUUUUAUUUAAAAUCUAAGAUAAGUUGAACAAUAUAUAACUAAAGACCAUUAUAACAUAUUAGCCAAAUUAGAAAGAGAACUAGUUAAAUCAAUUUAAACGCUAAAUGUCAGUGAAAAUUUGCGGUCGUUAAGUCGUUACUGUAUUCUCAUGUAAACAAGUUGAUGUAUGUAUAUAAAUAGUACCGGUAUACUGGAAAUUCUAUCGCUGUAAUACUUCCAUCAGUUAGCAACGUGAUUUAAAGCAGUAAACAUGGCUGUACCUACCUGGACUUUCAACGAUGGAAAUAAAAUUCCAGCAAUUGGACUUGGAACAUAUUUGUCCAAGCCAGGGGAAGUAGAAAUAGCUGUAAAGUAUGCUAUUGAUAUAGGCUAUCGACACAUUGAUACCGCAUCAUUUUAUGACAAUGAAAAAGAAGUUGGCGAUGCUAUUCGAGAAAAAAUUGAGGAAGGAGUAAUUAAGAGAGAAGAUAUUUUCGUCACAACAAAACUUUGGAGUAAUACCCAUAAAGAAGAUCAAGUCGUUCCAACAUGUAAAAAGUCGUUGGCAAAUCUUGGAUUAGAGUAUGUUGAUCUCUAUCUUAUUCACUGGCCAUUUGCAUUUAAAGAAGGCGAUGAACUUUUACCAAAAGAUGCCUCAGGAAAAUUAUUACUUUCUGACACUGAUUAUCUAGAAACAUGGAAAGGAAUGGAGGAAUGCAAACGUCAAGGUCUUGCGCGAAGUAUUGGCGUCAGUAAUUUCAAUUCAGAGCAAAUUACAAGAUUGCUUGAAGCAGCUAAAAUUAAACCAGUUAAUAAUCAGGUCGAGGUAUCGCUGAAAUUGAACCAAAAGGCUUUAAUUGAGUUUUGUAAAAAACACGAUAUUACAGUUACUGGAUAUUCGCCAUUGGGAAGACCAGGAAAUCGCUAUGGAAUAACAAAUGCAUGGGAUGAUCCUAUAAUCCAAGAACUUGUAAAAAAAUAUGGAAAAACACCUGCACAAAUUGCAUGCAGAUUUGUGUCACAAUUGGGUGCAAUACCAAUACCAAAAUCAGUGACCAAAUCACGUAUUAAGGAAAAUUUUGAAAUCUUUGAUUUCUCGCUAACCGAUGAAGAAAUUAAUUCUAUACAAUCAAUUGCAACGGGAGAAAGAGUUGCCCCAAUGGAAGACGCUAAAGAGUCAAAGUACUACCCAUUCAACAUUCCGUUUUAAAUUUGAUAGAAAAAACAUUGAUGAAUCGAAUACGCCUUUUAAUACAAAUAUUAUUUAUAUAAAUGUAUGAUGAAAUUAAUGCAAAAAUAUAAGUAAUAAAUAUAUAAUUUUAAAGUAUA